CAUAUUCUUGUGAGGUGGUGAGUUAUUUCUCAUUUUUGUUAAUCCAUUGCUUCUCAUUUUCUUCUUCCUCUUCCUCUUUGUCUUUCCUUCACUGACAAUUAAGAUUGAGUGGAAGCAAUGGACAAAGCUCUAACAAAAGCUAGCAGUUUCUGGAUUUCCAAGAAAGCUAAGGAAGAACUCUCUAACAUCACUCAAGACCUCUCUUCUUUAUCAAACACCGUCGAGGAGAAAGCAAAAUGGAUAAUCAACAAGCUCAAAGGUAAGCCGGUUAAAGCAUUGCCUGAUCUACUCAGAGAUCACAACCUUCCCCCUGGUCUGUUCCCCCGGAACAUAAUAUGUUACGAAUUCGAUGAAUCGAGAUCGAAGCUGAUUGUAUACUUGUCCUCUCCAUGUGAGGUGAGCUUCAAGGACUCAUCCAUUAUAAGAUACGGGACGCGCGUGAAAGGGACAUUGUCAAGGGGAAAGCUCAGUGGAAUAGAAGGAAUGAAGACAAAGGUAGUCGUGUGGGUUAAAGUCACAAAUGUGGCAGUGGAGAGCUACAAGUCUGAUAAAGUUUGGUUCACUGCUGGUGUGAAGAGGUCUAGACCAAAAGAUGCAUAUGAUAUGCCUCGUGACGCGAUCAAAGUGGAAGAGUUUUAAGGCUCCUUGCAUGUUAUUCAUUUAUGCAUUUAUUAUUUGGUUUUCAGGGGCAACAUUGGUUUGUUGUAUGCCAUACCAAUGGAAUAUAUCAAUAUUGUUUCUGCUUUUGUCUGAUUUACAGGUUCAAGUUGGUUUGUAGAAUCCUGAAAUGUUCACAACGAACUUUAAUUCAUCAGCUUGUAACAACCCGUUACUGAAAAUCCAAUUUGCA